UCGAUACUUUAUCGUCGAAGACAGUCGCCACAUUAUCAAUUUAAUUGCUUGACGAGAAAAGUACUUGUAUUUCUACACUACUAUAUUAGUGCGCGUGCUAACUGUGGAAAGCGGAUUCAUGCUGGAAGGGACAUAUUGUUUAAAAAAGCUGUCAUUUCCAACUCGAGUUGUCCGUCACUUGAAAUCAAGAAAAAUGUAUUACAUCUGGGCUGCAGUUGUGGCUAGUUUUGCCGUGAUCGUUGUAUAUUUUCAGCUUCCAUUCAUCGUUUUUCCUGUUCUCCUGUUUCUGGCGUUUCUGGCAUCUGGGGGAAAGGAUUUUCCGCGAGUUUUCUUCCGAACAAUUUUGCGCGAUAUAAGGGGUUUUUCACGUUUUGCUAAUCUGCUUAUCACCACUCGAUUACAUGUCAAGAACAAGCGGACAGUUUCUGAUAUGUUUCAGGAAACAGUGUCCAAGCAUCCCCAAAAGGCUGCCAUUAUAUUUGAAAAGAGAAUAUGGUCAUUUAAAGAAGUAGAUGAAUAUUCAAACAGGAUCGCAAAUUUUUUCAAGGCACAGGGAUACCAGAAAGGCGACGUGGUAGCCCUUUUCUUGGAGAACUGUCCUGAGUUUAUUUGCAUCUGGCUUGGAUUAUCCAAACUUGGUGUAGUUACAGCACUUAUCAACACCAAUCUGCGAGUGGAUUCACUUUUUCACUGUAUAUCUGUAGCUUCUGUUAGAGCUGUGAUCUUUGGUACAGAUCUGUCAGAUGCUAUAAAGGAAAUUCGCACAAAAAUUCCAGAAGUUGUAGAGCUCUACUCCAUUGGAGUUAGAUCAACUUCCAUGGCCUCUGUAGUUCAUUUGAACCAGGAAAUUGAAGCAAGUUCACCUGCAAUGCCUGAAGUCAAUCAUCCUAAAUCUCAUGCUGACGUAUUAAUGUAUAUAUACACAUCUGGGACGACUGGAUUACCCAAAGCUGCUGUUGUAACAAGUGCCAGAUUCUUUAGGAAUUCAUACGGGGUGGUCUGUGCACUGAAGGUGCGGAAUGAUGAUGUAGUUUACUGCUCCAUGCCACUGAAUCAUAGUGCAGCUGGAAUAUUGGGUGUUGGAUUGUGUUUCGUAGGUGGUUGUACGUUAGCGCUAAGACGCAAAUUCUCUGCCAGCAGUUUCUGGGAUGACUGCAUUGAAACAAAGGCUACGGUCGUUCAAUACAUUGGCGAGCUGUGCCGAUAUCUCUUGUCCCAACCUCAUCGUCCUUCAGAAAACAAGCACUCUGUCCGCCUGGCGAUUGGUAACGGCCUCCGGCCUCAGAUAUGGAAAGAAUUCCAGACGCGUUUUGGCAUAGAGGAGAUUGGAGAAUUUUACGGUUCCACAGAGGGGACGGCCUCUGUGAUAAACAUUGACAGUACCCCCGGUGCAUGCGGAUUCGUGUCUGAGAUCUUGCCAUCCGUCUAUCCUGUAGUGAUUUUCAAAGUUGAUCCUGAAACAGGUGAACUAGUGCGCGGUCCGGAUGGACUGGCUGUGAGAACAAAGCCAGGGGAAGUUGGACAGAUUGUUGGAAAGAGCUCAAGAGGUGAUCCUUCCCUGCGCUUUGACGGAUACCUAAACUCGGUUGAAACCAAAAAGAAAAUUGCUCACGACGUUUUCCGCAAAGGCGACGCAGCAUUCCUUUCCGGAGACUUAGUCGUCCGAGAUGAGCUCGGCUACAUUUAUUUUCACGAUCGCACCGGCGACACGUUCCGAUGGCGUGGUGAGAAUGUAUCGACGGCCGAAGUGGAGUCGGUGAUGAGCAAAGUGGUAGGCCUUCGCGAUGUUGUUGUCUACGGCGUCGUGGUCCCAGGCACUGAAGGGCGGGCGGGCAUGGCUGCCAUAGUUGAUCCUGAAUGCAAGGUCGAUCUUAUGGAGCUAGCUGCUAGUUUGAAGAAACUUCUCCCGAGUUACGCCUCUCCCAUGUUCCUCAGAAUCGUUCACAGCGUCGACUUAACGGGAACUUUCAAACUUCAAAAGUCCAAGUUGAGAAACGAGGGCUUUAAUAUCGGAGUUAUAGAGGAUCAACUGUUUUACUUUGAUAGCAAAGAGAAAACAUACCUAGCCCUAGAUGAGAUCAAGUAUGAGCAGAUAAUUCGUGGCGAGAUCAGAAUGUAGAAAGUAUAGAUAUUUUUUCGUUUAGGGACUCUGUUACAAUUAUAGUGAAAAGCAGAACUUUUAAUUUAAUAAACGGGUUAGAACCCGAAAUAUUUGAAAAUAGAAUUUAAGAACGCUAUCUAGCAAAAGGAAAGUCACGCCCCUUAAGAAGUGGAAAACAGUACACUGGUACAGACUAUACUCGGGACUAGUUUUAGCACGAGUUCUUCCAAUGUUAUCCGUUAUUCUACGAUAAUCAUAUAUGCAUAUUCCUUUCGGCGGCCACCGGAAACGUAAAACUAUCCAUCAAAGACAAUACUUUGCCAAAGUAAUAUACCAUACUUCUACUUAAAAG